AUGAAGCCAACUUUACUGAAUCCACUAGCGCACCGCAAGCAGUGUUGGCUGCCGCCCAGAGAGGCGGACGCCCGUGUGGAGCCACCGUCGCUGUGGCGGAGCCUGCGCCCGCUGACAGUGGUGUCCACAGCGCUGGGGGUGGCGCCCCACCGCCCCCGCUGUUGCUGCCUCCUUGGCGCCGCCUCCCGCGCCUACAGCCUCGCCAUCGCACUGGCCGUCCUGUGCCUCUGCUCCAUGGACGCCGCCUUCGUCGCCGGCGCAGGCGCCGAAGUCGAGCAGAAGCGCGUCGCCGCCUCUGCCUCCGGGUUCAUCACCAUCGUCACCAUAACAGUCACUGCUGCCCUGUCGGUUCUCUCCUCGCUGUUCACAACUCUCGUGACAGUACUAGGACACAGAUUUUCCUUACUCAACGACACCAUCCUCCGAAUGUCGGACCACAUUUCUGUCAUGCAGUGGAAUGAACUCAGGCAGCUGGCAAACAAUCGUCGACUGAUGUUGGCAAGUAGACGUACUCACCACGCGAAAAGCUUCCGGGAAGAAUCUAUAACUUUAAUGUCCAUUCCGGUCCUGGUAGAUGUUCGGCUCGCCUACAUGCGACUGUCCAAAGUGGCGGCGGCCGUCAACAGGAUGUACGGGAUCCCGAUAGUCGGCAGUGCGCUCCAGACGCUGACCGUCUCGUACCACGUCAUAUUUCACAUUCUCGGGGCUGCCUUACACCGGGAGAAAGCGGGCCUGUUCGACACGCUGACGGACACCAGCUACGUGGUGGUGACGCUGGCCAGCUUCGUCUGCAUGGCGGCCGCUUGCCACUCGGCCGCUGCGCAGGCUAGCAGGACGGCGACCAUCUCAGACGAACGCUCCCUGACGAAUUCCGCAGGCCCCGAGGUGUGCCGGCAGCUUCGGCAGCUGUCCCGGCAGGCGCGCCACCGGCCCGUCACCUUCAGCGCCUGCCGCCUGUUCACCGUGGACGCCCCCCUGCUGACCGCCAUGGCCGCCACCAUUGCCAGCUACACCAUCAUUCUGCUGCAGUUCGUCUCCUAG